CAUAACCACUUCCGCAACAGACCCACGCCACUGCAGGCAAGCCAAACAAAGCACAACCUGAAAUUCUCCGCCCAGCGACUCACACGGUCACAGUCCCUCGCGCUCACAUCACAUCAAAACAGCGAGAGAACGCGCCGCCACCACGGACCACGCACCGCUCGACAGCCGAGAAUGCUCCUCCUCUUCGCGCUCCUCGCCGGCGCCGCCGCCGCCGCCUUCCUCGUCUUCAAGUUCGCCACCGCCGAUGGGGAUUUCACCCUCUUGUCGUGCGGCCGGCCGCGGCGGGACAAAGUGGACGGCAAGGUGGUGUUGUUUGCUGCUCCCUUUCCUAUCAUCUCAUUGGAUUCGUUAUCUGAAUUCCGUAUGCUUGCGUUUUCCUUUCUUUGGUGCCCUUCAGGUUGUAUGGAUUACGGGGGCGAGCCGUGGGAUUGGGGAGGUUCUUUCGAUGCAGUUUGCGAGUUUAGGAGCAAAGCUCAUACUAUCUGCACGUAACAAGGAGGAGCUUGAGAGAGUGAAACGUAACAUCAUCAGCAAGCAUCCAGAUAGCAAAGUUGAAGUGUUACCCAUGGAUUUAUCAUCUGAUGAAGAAUCUCUGAAAGAAGUUGUACAUUCAGCGGAAUCACUCUUUUCCAGUGCAGGCAUUGACUAUAUGAUGCACAAUGCGGCCUUUGAGCGUCCAAAAAGGGGGGCCCUGGAAGAAACUGAGGAAGGUCUUAAGGCUACUUUUCAUGUCAAUGUCUUUGGAACAAUUACUUUGACUCGCCUUCUUGCACCUUUCAUGUUGGAUAGAGGGAUGGGUCAUUUUGUUGUGAUGAGUAGUGCAGCUGGAAAGGUGCCCACACCUGGCCAGGCUCUUUACUCUGCUUCCAAACAUGCUCUCAAUGGCUACUUUGCUUCUCUGCGCUCUGAGUUAUGUACGAAAGGCAUUAAGGUCACUGUUGUCUGUCCUGGACCUAUUGAAACACCAGUAUCUUCUGGUGCAACUUCUUCAUCACAAAGGCAUUCAUCCGAGAAACGUGUUUCAGUGGAAAGAUGUGCUGAACUGACAAUAAUUGCCGCAACUCAUGGACUAAAAGAAGCAUGGAUAUCAUAUCAGCCUGUGCUGGCUGUUAUGUACGUAGUGCAAUACAUGCCAACAAUUGGAUGCUGGCUUAUGGACAAGGUUGGUGCAAAGCGAGUGGAUGCCGCUGCAAAGAAAGGAAACGCCUACAGUUGGAAUCUCCUCUUCGGUGGCAAAAAGUCGGCUUGACGAUGAAGUUGCUCAUUACGCCUACAGUUGGAAUCUCAUUGAGGUUCUGAAAUAGUCAUACACAUCUAUCUAUAGAGAUUAUGAACCUUGUUACCCUUUUUCAUCUUUAUGUGCGAAAUGACCAACGGGAAGCAAGCACUCCUUGUAAUGUCACCUAGUCAGUGAGUUGAAGUAUUUUAGAACUCAAGCACUCCUUGUAAUGUCACCUAGUCAGUGAGUUGAAGUAUUUUAGAACUCGGAUACAAGUCAGCAUUCCAGCUUCGCAUUUCCAAAAAGAAUAAAUCAUGCAAGAUGGAUGACUAUUUUAUC